GUCCAGCGCCAGCUACAUGACGGCGUUCUUGCGCUGGAGCGAGCUCAGGGAAGACGUGAAGGCUCAUCACACGGUAAAGCAAGCGAAUGCGCAGCUCAAUCUCAACAAAGUCGCGAACCAUGCCCUUUUCGGACACAAGCGCGUCCUUGUGAAGGAUCCACCGCAGCCGCAGGCCCCUCCGCGUAAAAGCCAGCGACCUUCAGUUUUUAUCCCGGCGCAAAGGGCGCCUGGCGCCCCGGUCGACCGCCGAACCUCGCUGCGCCGGGCUUCUGCGGCAAGCAUGCUGAGCCAGCUGGCAGAGGGGACGGGGGAGGAGCUGCUAGAAGAGCUGGAAGGGGACCUCUUUGUGCCGAGCUGCCACGGAUUGAUCUGGGGUGGUUGAUCCCGGCGGGUGUUCCCAAAACUCCCCGGAAGUCCGUGUUUCCGUGCCCGUUGAAAAAACCAGGUGGAAAGCGAUUGCCCGAAACGGCACAGGUUCGACGAGUGGAUGGGGAAGCAUGUGGCGCCCACACGCCAGGAGUCCAAGAGCCAUCCGCGUGGCUUGGGGGUGGACCUCUCCCCGCCGCAGCGUUUGGACAUGAGUCUCCUGGGCCUAGCCUAGGUUGGCGUAGCCCAGGUUAGAUACUUAUGCCGCUUUGCCCGCGCCUGCGAAGCAGGGGCAGGCUGGCGCCGGGGCGUUUUUGGUCGCCCGAUUCCAGCGCGGCUUGCGCUGAGAGCUGCGAGCGUCCCGUAGGGAGCAGCUCUUUUUCGCCCGCGGCCAGCGAGCGGGCUGGGAGCGGGGCAUUUAAAGACAACAGAAGGGGCAAGCGAGUGCC